AUGGAGAACUUUAAUCUCUCAAUAAAAGCAGAGCAGACUAUUGCCAUCGUGGGUCCUAGUGGAUCGGGAAAGAGUACAGCCAUUCAGCUGCUACAGAGAAAUUACGAUGUUCUUCUUGGAACUGUUUUUGUUGAUGGUGUGGAUAUUCGUGAUAUCGAUCUACUUUGGUUCAGAUCCCUACUCGGAGUCGUUCAACAGGAACCCACUUUGUUCUCAGGUACUGUGGAGGAGAAUAUACGUCUCGGAAAGCUAGAUGCCACUACUGAGGAAAUCCAAGAGGCUGCCAAGCAGGCGAAUGCUCAUGAGUUUAUCUUAAAGCUACCGGAUGGCUACAAGUCAUGGAUCGGUGAGGGUGGAGCCGGAAUGUCAGGAGGGCAAAAGCAACGUAUUGCAAUUGCUCGUGCUCUCGUCCGCCAGCCACGCAUCUUGCUUUUAGACGAGGCUACCUCAGCACUUGACACGCGUUCUGAGAAGGCUGUGCAGGCUGCUCUAGACGCUGCUAGAGCUGGACGCACUGUCAUCACUGUGGCUCAUCGGCUAACGACUGUACGCGAUGCGGAUCGUAUCGUUGUAAUCCGAGAAGGAGAGAUCGCCGAGGAGGGAACACAUGAUGAAUUGGUUGCGCUUAAGGGCAUUUACGCAGGCAUGCUAAACAGACAAGUAAGAUGA